AUGCGCACAAGCGUCCGAUGGUCAGAGACGGCAGAGGCGGUGAAGGAUGUGCGUCCUCCCAUCAACAGCCUCUGCUACAGCCCGUCUGGGGACUAUGUAGUGGCGUCGUGCGGCGUGCGUGUCCUAGUGUACGCCGCCUCCACAGGCACCCUACUACACUCACUGAAGGGUCACCAGAACACAAUCUACUGCGUAGACUACGCGGCUGAUGGAAAGCACUUCGCCAGCGGCGGCGCUGAUCGGACGGUCAUUGUGUGGUCGAGCAAGGGUGUGGGCGUUGUGAAGUACCAACACAGGGAAUCCAUCCAAGCUCUAGCACACAAUCCAAUCUCUUCGCAUCUGGCUUCAGUGUCCAGCAUUGACUGGGGCCUGUGGUCGGCAGAGCAGCCCAAGGUCUCCAAAUACCCGCUUCCCUCCAAAGGGCUCUGUGCAGCCUGGACACCCAACGGCAAAACACUCGCGAUCGGGUUGCUGAGUGGCACUAUCGUGCUCUUAGACAAGGGUGUCGACGAGAAGGCCCGAAUUCAACGAUCGGCACCUGUCUGGACUCUCGCUUUUACGCCGCUGCGAGAAAAAGGCGUCGACGUGCUCGCGGUUGGUUCAUGGGACCAGCGACUGUCGUUUUACGGCCUUUCCGGCACACCUAUCGGGCGAGAGCGGGAGCUCGACUUUGACCCCUGCAGUUUGUCCUACUUCAAUGACGGAGAGUACAUCCUUCUCAGUGGCAGCAACCAUAAGGUGACCCUUUUCACAAAGGAUGGGAACCGGCUCAUCGAUGUGGCAGACGCGGACGACUGGAUCUGGUCUGCGCACCAGCGGCCGCGGCAGAAACAGCUCUGCUGCGGCACCAACGACGGCACCAUAAGCUGCAUCGAUAUCGCCAUCACCACUGUCCACGCCAUCUAUAAUGACCAAUACGUGUUCCGCAAGGAUAUGACGAACGUGGUCGUACACCAGCUAUCGCUUGACCGCAAGAUGGUGAUACCUUGUAACGAGUACAUCCAGAAGGUCGCCACGUUUCGCAAUCGACUCGCGGUGCAGCUGCAGGAGCGCAUCAUUGUAUUCGAGCUGUUUUACGACGAUGAACGCAACAUGCGCUAUCAGGACAUCGCGCAGAUUCGCCGUCGUCUCGAGUGUUCGCUGUUGUGUCUGACGACGAAGGCCAUCAUCGUGUCCAAGGAGAGGCGGAUUACGAUGUACGACUUUCAGGGCAACAAACGGCGCGAGUGGUCGAUGGAGAGCGCCGUGCAGUUUGUGAAGGUCGCGGGUGGAAUGGAAGGGCGAGAGAUUCUGCUUGUCGGGCUGAUGGGCGGUCAAGUAAUGAAGGUGUUUGUCGACAAUCCUUUCCCCACACUCCUGCACAAGUGUAAUGCACCAAUCAAGAGUGCCGACUUCAGUAGCUCACGUAGUCGCCUCGCUGUCAUUGACAGCACCAACACCCUCCAUGUAUUGGGGCUAGGCCCGAAGAACGAGCUGCUCUUUUCCGAGGAUAACGUCACGGCGGUAGCGUUUAACAUUGACGUGGAGGACAUACUCGCCUUCACAACAGGUGACAACACGCUGCAUAUAAAGACGGGCUCUCUGCCAGCGUACCAGCAAGCGGUGCGCGGCCUCGUUGUGGGCUUCAAGGCCAACCAUGUCUUUAAUCUGCAUUACUCCAACAUGAUGGUGAUCGACGUGCCACACGCGCACGCGCUGUACAAGUACGUGGAGAUGCAUAAUCUCGACCGAGCCUACGACGUCGCCUGUCUUGGUGUGGCUGACUGCGACUGGAAAAUGUUGGGACUGCAUGCGAUGAGCCACGCACGUCUUGACAUCGCGCGCAAGGCCUUCACGCACAUCCAGGACGUGAAGCUCGUCGAGUUGCUCAAGUUGCUGGAGCUGCGGUGUCGCCAAUCGAGAGUCGAGGACGGCCUACCACCGACGGUAAACGGCGGCAGUGGUAGCGCUACCACCGCCGACGUGGCAGCCACCACGGACAAGGGACUCGUGAGUUCCAAAGACGAGUCCGCGGCAGCGCGCGCGGCAGCAAAGGAUACCAUAUUGUACGGCAACAUCCUCGCCUUCCAAGGCAAGUACCACGACGCGGCACGGCAGUUCAUGAAGGCCGGUAGCGAGCUGAAGGCGGUGGAGAUGUACUGCGAUCUUAAAAUGUGGGAUGAUGCGCGGAAGAUCUGUACUGACGAGAAGCUUCUCAAGGACCUAAUUCGGCAGCAGGCGCGCUGGGCAGAGGACUCGCAGAACUUUGUUGAGGCCGCUUCACUUUACGAGAGCUGCGGAGACUACGCAAAAGCGAUUGGCAUGAUGGGCCAGGCAGGGCAGGUGGACAAGUUGAUGAAAAUGUGCCGCAGUCUUCCCAAGUCGGAGGUUACCCUCAUCACGGAGUGCGGCAACUUCUUUCGCUUGCACAACGCCAUCCCUUUUGCGAUCGAGGCGUAUGAGAAGGUGCAGGACCACCGAGCGCUUAUUCAGGUCUACGUUGCCAGCGGCGACUGGCGCAAUGCCUUCACCAUUUUGGAGAAGGCGCCGUCCCUGGCGCGCGAGGUGUACGUCCCGUGGGCGAGUUGGCUGGCCGAUAACGACAAAUUCGACGAAGCCUUAGAGGCGUUCCGCGCGGCAAAGUGGCCCAAGGAGGCCAUGCGGCUAAUGGAAACGCUGGCGACAAACAGCGUGACGUGCCGCAAAUUCCGUGACGCCGCCUUCUACUACGUUCACCUGGCUGAGGAGUACGGGCGAUUUGAUGACGACGAGACGCCGUCUGAUGUGAUGAAGGCGGCGCGAAUCCGACGGAGCAACGAGUGCAUUCGCCGAGCGGACAUCUACUACGCCUUCUCAAGCGUGUAUGCCCACACGACGCAGCCGCUGCCGUACAACGAGCUGAGCCUCUUCCACGCCGCCAAGUACCUCUUUGGCAUGUGCGCGGAAGCCCCCAUUCCGAUGAACGUCGGCAAGACCGCCAUUCUCUAUACGCUUUCCCGCAUCGCGAACCGACUGGAGAUGGUGCGCACGGCACGCGCGGUCUUUGAGAAGCUGCAAGGCGUAAUCCUUCCGCUGUCUAUGAUGGAGCAGGUGGACGUCGAGACGCUCAUUGUGCGCAGCAAACCGGUAAAGGACCGCGAGGAGCUGCUGGAUCGGUGCUUCCGGUGCAACCAGCUUAUUACGCAGCUGCCAAUGGCUGGAGAUCGCUGUCCCACCUGCUUCCAUCAGUGCGUCCGCUCCUUUGUCAACUUCGAAUGUCUACCGCUGGUUGAGUUUGUUCUCGCUGACGACGUCACCGACGAGGAGGCAGAGCGGAUCAUCGUCUCUGGCGUUGGUCGGCGGAGGUCGGCGGACGACGAGCACAACAAUAGCCAGAGCGACGCAGUGGAUGCCAAGUCGUUACCCAAGGCGAAGGAGUGGCAGUCAGACAAGGGCGCGAACGUUAUCAGCUUCGAGGAUGAGAACAUCGACUACGAGAUUGAUCAGCAGCUCGUCGCGAUGGGCCGCUCCAAAGCGGCGGUGAACAAAGGCAACGAUCCUUUCUUUACCCAGCUGCAGUACGUGCUGCGGCCCGGCCGCACCACCGCGGUGUACCAGCCAUUUAUUGCGUCAGCAGACAUUUUGAAGGGCUUCCGCCGCGACGAAGUAUUCAUUGUGCGACCGAGGUACGGCACGCUCCCUGUGCCAAACCGCUACUACCGUCUGCUGCGCUCUGACAUACAAGUGUGUCUGUGCAACGGCUGUCAGCACUUUUUCAUUGCUGGCGAUUACGAGGCGGAGUGUAUGAAAGGCAGCGGUUGCCCCCUCUGCCGGUACUCUCCCGGCAAGCAAGUGGGUCGCUCAAUGAGGCAAAUUCUGUUCGACAUGGAGGCUGCCGCUACGGUAGCGAUGACUACGAGUACAGCGGGUGCUCUCUGA